ACUCGCUGGAAUCGAACCUCGUUAGGCUUAAACCUCUGAUAUUCUAAAUUUUUAGGGCGGGAUGGGAGCGCUCAAGCAGCGGAGGAAGAGCGAUGGCGCUGCCGAUGGCGCCGCUGCUCCUGUGCGAGGAUUGGAUAGGAAAUCCAGCGGGAGCUUGUGGCUGGCGCCCUGUCCCAGCAAGCGAUGGGGCGAGCUCUUCUUUCUGGCGUAUAGUCCCGUUUGGAUCGUGCUGUGUCUCGGAAUCAUAGUGCCGCUCAGGAUCUACGAGCAUUUUAAGGAGCUCGAGUAUUUUCUGCUGGGAUUGGUGGUGGCACUGCCGUGUUUUGUCGUUCCAGUGUUUCUCGUUGGAAAGGAAGACAAGAAGCUGCGUUGGUAUGAUCGCUACUGGAUAAAGGCGAACUUGUGGGUUGCGAUUUUCGGAUACGUUGGAAACUACUUCUGGACGCAUUACUUCUACACUGUUCUUGGUGCAACUUACACGUUCCCGUCCUGGAGGUUAAAUCAUGUGCCGCUUGUGACAUUCUUCCUUACGCAUGCUUACUUCCUCUUUUAUCAUAUGGUGUCCGACUUCACGCUGAGGCGACUCCGCCACGCUCUCAAAGGAUCAAACCGAGUUUUUAGCUGGGGAUGUCAAGCGCUGUGGAUCUUCGGUUUGUCCUACCUUACGGCGUUCAUGGAAGCUGUGACAAUCUCCAACUUUCCUUACUACGACAUGGUGGACAGAGACGCAUUCUACAGAAUUGGAUCGCUAUUCUACGCCAUAUACUUUUUUGUGAGCUUCCCCAUGUUUAUCAGGCUAGAUGAAAAUCCUCGCUCUCGAUGGACGCUGUCGCAAACUGCCAUUGAUUCCUUGGCUGCGGCAAUGAUCGUGACGAUCUUGCUAGAUCUGUGGAGAAUUGGUCUGGGUGCUAUCGUGAAGUUACCAGGAGCAGCGUCUUAUGAAUCGUGUGUUUCCUAUGGUAUUCCCUGGCUCGCGUGAACAUUGCAAAAGGACAAAUCAUAAGUGGAAACUCCAUUAUCCUGUUGUGGCAUCCUUGGGUGCAUGUGGGUCCAGAUACUGUGCCUGAAAAUCAUGUCAAUGGGUGAAAAAAACCAUUGAUUACUGUUAGUAUUGCAAGACACCUACAAAUUUAAGGAGAGCAACAAGCAGUGCUUGUUGAUUAUGGUUUGAAA